CUCGUAGUGCAGCGAUGCUUAUAUCACCAUGCGGACUUUGGACUGUGAACUUAAUUACUGCCAACCAACAGUGUGAGACUAUUCUGUAGGACUCAUAAAGAACCGAUACACUGCGCUUCAAGGGGGGUGUUUAAUUGCUGAGAGGGGCACAUGGUAAUCCCUACACAAAAAUCAAGUAACGGAAGGCCUAAGAAGAGAUUAUAUCACUCCUCAUGAACGCGAUGAUUUGGCAACUGUGGUGUCCUUGAUCAGCUGAUUGACGUAAACACAGCGCGGCUUUGCACACUGAGGGAGAGGGAGGGACUGAGUGACUGACCCAAAGAAAGAGAGAUACAGAAGGGACAAUGCGUGUGCUUCGCUUUCUAGGGAAACUCUCGGUUCCAUCAUCAAUUCAUCUAAGGUUAAUAAGAAACAUAAGUACAUCAGUGCCUAGAAAUGGGAGCCUCUUCACCCAGGAACACAGGGAACUGCAGAGCUCCUUGACAAAGUUAAUUGACACAGAGAUCAAUCCCUAUGUGGACCAGUGGGAGGAGGAGGGACAGUAUCCUGCACAUGAGGUCUUCAAAAAGCUUGGGCAGGCUGGAUUCCUUGGAAUUACCAAACCAGAAAAGUAUGGAGGCCUUGGAUUGGAUUAUUCAUUUGCUGUGGCAGCACAUGAAACACUGGGCAAUAUCAACUGUGGUGCCAUCCCUAUGUCUAUAGGAGUACAGACAGACAUGUCAACACCUGCCCUAGCACGGUUUGGAAGUGACUAUGUUAAGGAACAGUUUCUUGCACCAAGCAUAGCAGGAGAUUAUGUGUCCUGCCUAGGGGUUAGUGAGCCAGGAUCUGGAUCAGAUGUGGCCACCAUUAAGACCACAGCUAGGUGGGAUGGAGAUGACCUGAUCAUUAAUGGCCAAAAAAUGUGGAUUACCAAUGGCUUUCAAGCUGACUGGAUAUGCCUCCUUGCCAACACAUCGCAGGCUGCACCACACCUCAGCAAGUCCCUCAUAUGUGUGCCCAUGGACUCACCAGGAAUCCAUUUAGCAAAACGCAUCAAUAAGAUUGGAAUGCUGUCUUCAGAUACAGCUCAGAUUUUCUUUGAGGAUGUAAGAGUCCCUGCCAAGAACUUGAUUGGUGAGGAAGGAAAGGGUUUUACUUACCAGAUGAUGCAGUUUCAAGAGGAGCGUCUGGCCGCUGCUGGAUUGCUUCUUCGUCCCAUGGAGAAGUGUGUCGAGGCCACAAUAGAGUACACCAAGAACCGUCAGGCUUUUGGCAAGUCGAUCCUUGACAACCAGUAUGUUCAUUAUCGCCUUGCUGAAUUACAAACAGAAAUUGAAGCUCUCAGAGCCCUGACCUACAGAGCAACAGAGCUGUACAAAGAAGGGGAGGAUGUUACAAAGCUGGUGUCCAUGUGCAAGUUGAAGGGAGGGCGGCUGGUGCGUGAAGUCUCAGACUCCUGCCUUCAAUUUUGGGGUGGCAUGGGAUUCACUAAAGAGGUCAUUGUGAGCAGGUUCUAUAGAGACAUGCGGCUGGUAUCAAUUGGCGGUGGAGCAGAUGAGGUUAUGCUGAGUAUUAUAUGCAAGUACUUGGGGAUCCUUCCCAAGCUGGGCAAAAAGAAGCAUUAAGCUGCCAACAGCAGUAACAGGUCAGGGUUGCUGCACAUGAGAGAAAAAUCAGGAAGAAUUGCUCAAUAUUCAAGUUUUAAAGUCUAGAAAAUUAGAAAUUUUACUUAUUCAGCCUAGUUAUGCUCCAUCUAGAAAUUUUAUGAUUUAAAAAUAUAUGAGGAAAAUUAAUUAUUGUGAGAGCUAACCAAAAUGACACUUCUAGUUUUGUUAUAGGAAAUAGACAACCAGAUGUGUGAUUGUUUAGGAUCCUUUUUAUGUGAGAAGGUAGAGUCCCCUGCUGUGCUGUAGGAUAGUGCUGCCAGCUGAAAUAAAUGAGCUGGAGGCAAAGAGAACAAGUCAUCUUCUAUGAUUAGAGUUGAAGAUUGUGAAUUGUUCAGAUAGUGUCCAGAAGUCAAAGGUUGUCAUUGAAAUAUUAAAAAAGUUAGCUAUCUAAAACUUUUUUAGCAGCAGUACUGCAAUACACAAUGAGUGAUUAAGAUGGAAUUAGUAUAAUGGAAAGAAGUGAGUACAAACUUUUUUGUCAGGUACACUUUGCAAGAUCAACUUUAGAUUGUCCUCAAACAAUGGUGCUGUACAAAUGAUACAAUGCAAUAUUGAGUAACAGAUUUGAAUAUUAUUAAGUUAAACUGAAUUGAUAAUAUUUAUAGUUAUUUUGUUGGUAUGUAAAGUCCUUUUUAUCUCUCUACUAUGGGAUUUCCAGCUUUUAUGUUUUCCCAUGGUGAUUUAUAAGUGAGAUUAGUUAUUCACAAAGAUUAUAUUUUACACAAUAUCCUU